AUGUCCUACUAUCCUCCUUACGGUCAAGGGCCACCACCGCAGGGUGGCGGAUACUACCAGCAACCGCCUCCCGGUCAAUACCCUCCCCCGCAAAAGGGCGGCUAUCCUCCCCAGCAGUACGGUGCACCUCCUCCACAGCAGCCUCCGUACGGCGCACCACCGCCAGGCCAAUAUGGCGGCUACCCCCAACAGCCACCGGCUCCUUACGGCCAGCACCCGCCUCCUCCGCAGCAGGGACCAUACGUCCAGCAGCCCCCCUACGGUCAACAACCGCCCUACGGCCAACAGCCGCCCUACGGACAGCAAGCCCCAUAUGGACAGCCGCAGCAGGGCCCCCCACCGCCGGCCGGCUACGGACCACCAGGCGGCGGUGGUGGCGGCUAUGGCGGCGGCGGCGGGUAUGCGGCCAAUGUGCCGCCCACACCCCCGUCGGUCGGCUACGCCGGUCCGCAGUCCAUCAACUGGGACGCCAGCCACGAUGCGCACGCGCUGCGCCAGGCCAUGAAGGGCUUUGGCACGGACGAAAAGGCCCUGAUUCGCGUGCUUGCGGACAAGGACCCGCUCCAAGUCGACGCCAUCCGCAACACCUACCACCGCCUGCACAACCGCGACCUGAUCAGUGACAUCCAGUCGGAGACCAGCAGCUGGUUCGAGUACGGUCUGGUCGCGCUGUGCCGCGGUCCGCUGCUCAACGACGUGCACAUGCUGCACAGCGCCAUGAGCGGGCCCGGCACCAAGGAGUCGAUGCUCAACGACAUUCUGCUGAGCCGCUCCAACGCCGACCUGCGCGCCAUCAAGGGCCUGUACCAGCAGACGUACCGCCGCUCGCUCGAGGACGCCGUGCGCGGCGAGCUCAGCAUGAAAACGGAGCGCCACUUUAUGAUUGUGCUGCAGGCCACGCGCGCCGAGGACGCCGCGCCCGUCCAGAAGCACGAGGUCGACCGCGACGUCCAGGAGCUGUACAAUGCCACCGAGGCCAAGCUGGGCACCGACGAGAUCCGCGUGUGCAGCAUUUUCAGCACGCGCAACGACAACCACCUGCGCGCCGUCGCCUACGAAUACCGCCAGCGCUACGCCCGCGCCCUCGAGGACGUCAUCCGCAAGGAGUUCUCCGGCCACAUGGAGGAGGCCCUGCUGUUCCAGCUGCGCCACGCCACCGACAAGUACAUGCACCAGGCCGCCCUGCUCGAGGACGCCAUGGUCGGCGCCGGCACCCGCGACAAGCUGCUCGUCAGCCGCGUCGUGCGCGUCCACUGGGACCGCGCGAACCUGGCCAACGUCCGGGGCGCCUACGAGAAGCGCUACGGCCGCAGCUUGGCCCAGCGCAUCCGCGGCGAGACCAGUGGUGAUUCUGAGCGGUUGCUGCUAGCGUGUCUCGGCGAAAGACACUAA